AUGACGCUGGCGCCUGCUUCCGCCUCCGCUGCCCAGUGGCGCUACUGGCGCAUGCGCCGGCCACGAGCAGUGGGCCAGGCGGCGGGGCUGCUGGAGCUGGGGCAACGGGGGCGGCCGCGAAGGGGGGCGGCGGGCCGGCCGCGGCGCGGCGCGUCGCGGCGCGGCGGCGACAGGCGACGGGCGCACGGCAGGCAGGAGGCCGGCGACGCAGCGGCUGCCAUGGCGCCCAAGGAGCAGGAGCUGCCUUGGGACCUCUUCGACCGAUGCCUUCUGCCCGUGCUGUUCUCGCACGCCGCCGCCGUCAUCGUGGCCACGCUGCUCCACACCUUCAACAUCUCGCACAUCUCCACGUUCAGCCUCUUCCUGCUCUUCGUGUCCGUCAGCCUGGCCGUCGUGCUCUUCUACCACAAUCUCAAGGUCACAGCUGCCGGAAAAGGAAUUCUUCUCACGGAUUGCGAUUCACAAAUUGGAUACACUUUUGCAAGACAGCUGGAUAACCUGGGUUUCACUGUUUAUGCGUGCUUCACGGAAACGCAAGGUAAUGAAGAAGCCCGUAAAUUGAAAGAAGAAUCUUCAGGGAGACUGCAUAUAGUUCAAUUGGAUGUUGCUUCAGAAGAACAAAUUUUGGCUGCAGCUGAUUACGUGAAAAAUAAUCUUCCUCAGGGUGCAAUAGGACUGUGGGCUAUUGUAAACAAUGCAUCUUGGGCUACUUUUGGUGAAGUGGAGUGGGUUCCAUACAACGUUUUCAAGCUUGCUGUAGAUGUCAAUUUAUUAAGUGUCGUGAGAAUUUCCCAAGUAUUUUUGCCAUUGGUUCGCAAAACUCGAGGCCGCAUCAUAAACUUGGUAAGUAUCAUGGGGCGCAUUACAUCUCCAAACCUCUCAUCAUACUGCGCUUGUAAGUUCGGAGUUGAAGCGUUCAGUGAAUGCCUUCGACUGGAAAUGCGUCACUGGGGGGUUGACGUUAUCGUAGUGGAACCUGGUACAUACACCACAGGAAAGAAAGGUUUCUCCAAAGCAAUGAUGCUGUAUCAGGCACAACUGAUGUGGAAUACAAUGUCAGAAGAUGCGAGAAAAGACUAUGGUGAAGAUUAUUUCGAGAAGCGAGUACGCUCUUUGGAGGAAUUUACAAAAGGACCCGAAACGGACACCGGCCCCGUGCUGCGGGCCCUUUCGGACGCCGUGGCGCGCACCUUCCCGCUGCCACGCUACACGCCCAUCACCCGCGCCGAGAAGCUGCAGAUUCUCGUGGCGGAACACCUGCCGCGCUCCGUCUACGACAUCCUCUACACGUGAGCGCCUGCCUGCCAGCCAACCUGCCGGGCGGGCGGGCGUCGCAUCUCGCCGGGCCCCCGUCGUCGGGAGACUUGGAAGGACAGGCUGCGCAAACGCGCGGGAGCGGAGACGGGGUCCCGACCGGUCCCGACGCGCUGACGGGAACGCAGUGGUGUAGCUAAGCUGGACGAGAGAAGCUGAUGGCCCGGGGCGGCAUGAUUAAAUGAAAGGCUGCACUACCCUGCUACAGAUCGGCUAGCGAAAUCUGUACGUCCUAUUUUCGUCGAACUGAAAAUGUGUGCGUUUCUGCCCAGCCAUGCCUCCAAUUACAUUUAUUUUAUUUUUUCUUCUUUGAUAAAUGUCACUGACCCCCUGGGAAUCAGAGGCCUAGCUACGCCACCGCGAGUUCGGGACACAGAGAUCCUUACAAUAAGCAAAGAGUGUAAAAAGUAGAGUGAACUAGCAUCUUUGCGGGAAGAGCUUACUUCUGCGUGUAGUACUCAUAUAUUAUCACUAGAACUCUCUUUUAAAAUUUUAUUUUGAUUAUACAAAAGGGCAUAUGUUACGUGUACAGCUCUAUUCGUCGCAUGAAGUUUGUUAUUCUUUCGAAGUACGAGAUAAUUCGUACCAAAUAUUAAUUUUGAAAAACAAUUAUUCAUAUUUUUUUACCUACACGUUUCCAUAAGGGAUAGAUGAUAUCCAUUAAUUCUAAAUUUCCAAUCCAAAAACCACCAAAACAGGCACUAACGGAUAUUCAGUAGCCAAUUCUUCCCAUCUCGUUUGUCAGCAUCAUUCGAACAGAAAAAUUGCUCGGUCGGUUCUCCACGAAUAUGAAUCGAUAUUACAGAGCAUGAAAUAUUGUAAGGCAUCCAGACAAUUCCGCGGCUGUUGAGCGGUUCUUCUCACUCCUACUCCUACUUGAAUUCACUUUCUGCUCAAUUCUACACACAGGUGGCCGAGCUAUUCUUAUCCUAAAUGUCAAUCGCUUUAUAACCACAGGCUCGUUUAUUUUUGCUGAAAUGAAGGAAACAUCGGAAAUAAUACUUCUUGCGUUUUAUGAAGUUCAACAGAAUUAGCGCAAAUUUUCCUUCAUAGCAUUUUAGAUGUCCCUCUAAAGUAACGGUACUUGUGCACCUACGAGUUUGUUUAAUGUAUUUUAAUGAAUAUACUGGCGUCCGUUUAAAAUUAAUUGCACAACCCCAACGUCGUUUGAUGUUAGGACACCAUUCAGUUUUGAAAAUUCUAAAAUAACCAUUGAGAGCAAAAUGCAUAAAACGUAAUAACCAAUUCAAAUGACUAUUUUGAUGGCAACUAUUUCAAUAUCAUAAUAAAAAUAAGGAUUACAAAAGAAUUUCUUUGUUUUUCGUGUUCUUCUGUCCUUCACCAAUUACUUUUAUUCUGGUAUACUAUAUAACUACGGUUUCUAUUUUCUCACGGGAGGUAGUUUAUGUAAUAAAUUUGCGAGUGUUGCAAUUGAGAGCCUAUUCUACAGUAAUAUUCACAUUAACAUAAAAUAUUGCUUGCUCCCUUGAAUCCACUUCUCUAAAUUCUAAAUGCCUUCAUUCUUAAUAUUUCACAGUUAAACAUGAAAGCUCUACUCGUAGUUCAUUCUCUCCUCGCUUUCAUUACUGCAACAAAAACCGAGACAUUAAAGCAUGUUAAAAUCCACAACAUUUAAAAAAUAGAACGGAGAACAAACAACUAGCGCACGCGUAACACAUUAGGCAUACAGUCCAAAGCGAGUGGAGUGACUUGUGGGAUGAAAACAACUGGAGAGAAAAGAUGUUUCCUCUGUAGUAUUCUAUGCUCUGUGAUAUUAUUCAUCGAGAUUCAUUCCGUUUCCGGUCACUUAUUUCCCUCUCUGGCUGCGCUAUAUAAAAAGGGGAGUGGCUAAAGACACCUUUAUCACGUUUGGAGAUGGCCGAAUGAGUUUUGUCUCGGCGACUAACAAACGAUCUCCCGAGUGUUUGUUUGUUUUUGUUUUUAUCUGUUCGAUCACAUUAGGGAUUCCAUCUGAUGAUCCGCAAGAGAUUUUCAUGGCAUAUGUAAAUUGGGGACCAAAGGAAAAUAUGAGUUUUACCAAUAUGAAAAUUGGGAACUGGUCCAGAGAAAAGCAUAUGUAAGUUCAGGACACGUUCUGGGCCCACAUAAAUUGGGUACCAACUACCUCAUUUCCUUUCAGGUAAAAGUAGGUGACAUUCUUUUCGAAGAACAUUUUCAUAGCCAUUAUUUUUAAACCGUAACUCUCUUCCCAUCUUCGAGAUUUAUGACUGGCGUAUUUCUUUCGAAAUAUAACUGGUUUUCUCUUCAAAUUGAAUUGAAUCAUUAGUUGAUUGAGUAAAUUGCCUAAUUUUGUUGAUUAUUCUAUAUGUACUAGUUAUUUCAUUACAAAGAUGGCUGUAUUACACCUUAGCCAAUUACACAGGAGACGUACAAAGAUUUGAUGGCUUGCGAAAAUGUGCAGCAUAUUUUACAAGGGAAAUUCGGCUUAUCUUGGCAAUUUUAUAUUCUUUCUUUUCUCGGCUAAUGCUAGAUAACAGUGUACAUGAAAUCUGGACACUCUUCUAGAGCUUUUUUCGCUUUUCAUUUUGAUCAAUCAGUCAUUUUCCUUACCUGGGUUGGUUUAGUCCCCAAUUUACAUAUGCCUAGAGUAAGGUCGAUCCCCAAUUUACAUGUAGAAUUCGAAAGUAAAUUUCACGAGAUAAGGCGAAAAAAUAUAUUUGGUCCCCAAUGAACAUAGGGCCUAUUUUCAAAGCCUUCUUCGAAUAUCUGAGAAAGAAGGGGAAAUAUUUUUAAUGAACGGAAAUUAUUUCGGAAGAACCAAAUUAACUUUCGGAAGUCGCAAUCAUACAAACAACUGUAAAUGCAAUUGACAUGGCAUUUUACAAAUAAAAUUAAGAAACUUACACGCCUUCAAUUAUUUUUCCUUUGAUACCCAUUCCAGUCAUUUGCUUCGUGAAAUUAUUACAAAAUGUCACUUCCACUAUUAAUACUGGCAAAUAUGUAAUGACAAAAUAAGUCAUGACAAAAUAAAUCGCACUCACGAAACAAUUAUUUUUUAGCGGCUUUAAUUUUUGUUAUGAGAUCUAGGGUUGGAAAUAGGUGUAACGUAUUUUUUUUUUUUAUAAUUCCAGUCCUUUCAUAAAUAUUACCAAUUAUUUUUAAGAAUCCUGCGCGCGCUAAUGUUUAAACAUUUUUCAAGCAUUUAUAUUUUCCUCCAAAAAAUACAAUUUCCUAAAUUAAAACCAGAAAGAUGUACUUUCAUGUGAUGUA